AUGGCAUGCUCCUCGGCGGUGCCCAAGUUCUCGGUGCGCAGGCGACCGGCGGUGCUGGUGGCACCGGCUGCCCCUACACCUCGUGAGCUGAAGCGUCUCUCAGAUAUCGAUGAGAUCGACUUUGUGAGGAAUCAAAUCCCCGUCAUCCAGUUCUACCGGAGGAACGAGUCCAUGGGCGGCAAGGACCCCGCAAGGGUUAUACGGGAGGCUCUCGCCAAAGCCCUCGUGCCCUACUACCCGUUCGCUGGACGGCUCCGAGAGCACGAUGGAUGGAAGCACGCCGUCGACUGCACCGGUGAGGGGGUUUUGUUCGUGGAGGCCGACGCUGAUGUUGGCAUUGAGCACUUUGGUGAUCCCCUACUGCCGCCCUUCUCGUGCCUCGAGGAGCUCAUCUUUGACGUCCCCGGCUCUUCCGCCAUCCUCAACACUCCCCUCCUGCUCUUCCAGGUGACGCGACUGGCCUGUGGAGGAUUCAUCCUUGGGGUCCGCUUGAACCACACCAUGGCUGACGGAGUGGGGCUGGUGCAGUUCUUGGGCGCCGUGGCAGAGCUUGCUCGGGGUGCGCAGUCUCCGUCCGUGCUGCCGGUGUGGAAACGGGAGCUGCUAGAGGGGCGCAACCAGCAACAGACGGGGCUGGCGUACGACAAGUUGGACGAGGUGCCGAACACGGGCGGUGACACUGACACCAUGGCUAGCAGUAUCAUGCUUCCCUUUGAUACUGCGGUGCACCGGCUCCACAACUUUUUCUUUGGUCCCCGAGAGAUUGCUGCUAUUCGAGCCCAGCUCCCGCCGGACCUUCAGCAACGUGCCACAAAGUUCGACACCAUCGCUGGCUGGAUAUGGAAGUUCCGCACGGUGGCGCUGGCACCGGAACCCAACAAGGUCAUGCAGCUCAUUGUGGGCGUCAGUGCCCGCGGCCGCAACACCUCCGGGCUCGGCCUCCCCAUCGGCUACUACGGAAAUGCGGUGGCAUUUCCAGCCGCAAUAUCGACGGCCGGGGAGCUCUGCACAAACCCCCUCAGCUACGCCGUUGAGCUGGUGAAGAAAGCGAAAAACAAGGUGGACAUGGAGUACAUGCGGUCAAGGGCAAAUGUCAUCGCGCUGCACAGGGGGCAAAGUCCGCCCUUCAACUCGGGCAUGUAUAAUCUGGUAGACGAAACCAAGGUCAGGUUUCACAGCCUCGACUUUGGAUGGGGCAAGCCGGUGUAUGCAGGGCCGGCAGAAGUUGUCAUCGCCCCCUUUCCUGUGCUGUGGAGCUUCCUCUUAGCCUCCAAGAACACCAACGGGGAGGACGGCAUCGUCGUGCCGAUCUGCCUGCCUGGCCCUGCUAUGGAUAGGUUAGUGGAAGAGAUGAGCAACUGCACCCUUCAGCCGAAGUGAUCCCCGCUGCACAGCCUCACGUAUUCCCAAUUAAGAGGUCAGCGCUCUGAAAAAUACGCCGCGGUGGCAGGCUGGCUAACGACCGAAAGAAAACUUUAUCUCGUCGCAUACUCGCAAGUCGCAUGUGGAUGGAUUGCAGUGGUAUGCUACUGUAUGGUUGUCCCAAGGGUUCUAAUUGUUUUACUCCGUGUUCUCAAUAAAAUAAAUGAAUCGUUCAUCAGUUAA